AUGGACAGUCGCCGUCCCCGUUCCCCCACACUUCUCCAAAAGCUCGCACAAAAGCUAUCCCCGGGCCGCUCUCGCUCUCGCGUGGCCUCAACAUCCACGAGCGUCAAUAAUGCCGCUUCGACGAUAGCCGCUCAACAAGCGCGAAAUGCCGCGUUGCGAGAAUGCGGUCUCCUCCCCCCUCUCCCAUCGGGCGUUCCAGAAGCACACAAAGACGGCCGCACUCGCGAGCGCACCACAAGAGAUCGUACAACAGUGGCAAGCCGCAUCAAACAACAGUGGGAGGCCAAAAAUCACGCCGGGUUGGUUAUUUUGGAUCAGCUUGAGGAGGCGGAUGCGUUGGUGGAGGAACAGGAGGAAGGUGCAGAACGCGACAGCGCAUCAUUCAUCUGCGACACCCCUUCUCUGUUGAGCAACAACUCAGACUCUGGCUCGGCAAUGACACUGAGCGCGCAAUCGUUCGUCGGUGGGGGCGGCAAUGUCAGCGUGUGGAAUGCCUCAGAUGACCCACCAGCUUUCAAGGCCACUCUAGAGAAAGGUUUCGGGGAGAAAACCGGAUCGAGCGGACGCGAUGGAGAACGGAGUCAUAAAACGGUAGCCGGCAGGUAUUCUAGCUUCACGCAGCACGCGCUCCGUGUCGGGGUCAACCCCACGAUGCACACGCCCGGCAGCAUCAUGGCGCAGGCCAGCCAGAUCGAGGAUGCGGAGAGCAGACGCCUGACGGAGGUGGCGUUCAUGUAA